CAAAGUUCUCUGGAAAGGAGUUGGGGAAAAUAGGAAGCGACAGCGAGAGGUGUGACUGCAUGUUAAAUAAGAGGAGCUGUGAGCUGAAGGCUUGAACUCUGAGCGAGCAGCGCGCGAGCAUCACGUUCACUGGGAAUUACAAGAUACGGUGAAGACUUCUACAGCCAUGUCGAACGCUGAAGAUUGCAGCCAUCAGAAUCAAACACACAAAUUCAUUGACUCAGAGUUUCGUUACACUCUCUUUCCUAUAUUCUAUGGCAUAGUCUUUGUCUUGGGGUUGCUGGCCAACUGCUAUGCUCUUUAUGUUUUGCAUAUUAUGCGGGAGUCUAAAGCUAUGAAUGAGAUUCGAAUCUACAUGACCAACCUGACCGUUGCAGACCUGCUGUUUGCGUCCACUCUACCUUUCUGGAUUAGUUACUACAUAAAUAACGGUCACUGGAUAUACUCGGAUGCCCUCUGCAGUAUCAUAGGCACGUUUUUCUUCAUUAACUCAUACUGCUCCAUUCUCUUCCUUACUGUCAUCAGCAUUAACCGUUACUGGGCUGUUACCAGGCCACUGGUGGCUGCCUCUUCUGACUGCUGGAAACGUGGAGCAACUGUCUCAGCGGUCAUCUGGGUCGUCACUCUUGCGGCGUCGGUUAAAUACCUCAUUGGUCUGGGAAUCCAAAUUAAUGAAAUUGAAAACAAAAAUAUUUCUCGCUGUUUUGAGGGUUAUUAUUACGAGAAAUGCUCUGUAAAAAAUGAAGUGGCCAUCACCCACUUCAUCAUUAUUGUCUUGUUCUUUCUUGUUUUCGCAUUGGUGAUUGUCUGCAACAUCUUAAUUGCUCGAGCUCUUCUGUCCCAACCCAUCAGUCAGCCUCGAGCCAGCACGGGAAAGCGUUCUGGUGGCACCAAGCUUAGAGCUUUGAGGAUGCUGUGUGGUGUCGUGGGUGUCUUUGUGAUCUGUUUCCUGCCACAUCACGUGGUGCAGGGUCCCUGGACUUUGUCUGUGCUGGGCCUGAAAAAUGAUUGGAGCAUGGAGACUCGCCAAAGCUUAAACGAUGCUCACCAGAUCACCCUCAUGCUUAUGGGGAUCAACUGCCUCCUGGACCCGCUGGUGUAUUGCUUCGCCACCACAAAUUUCCGCAAGUACAUCCAGGGUCAUUUCACAAGGGUCAAGAAUAACAAACACUGCUUGUGCAACAUAUAACACAGUAACACACUGAUAAAUAUAUGGUGUUCAUUUUAAUCAGUUAGAGCAGGGGUCUCAAACUCAAAUUGGCUGGGGGCCGUUGCUAUGAUAGGAGAGCCAUUUUAACAUUCAAGCACAAGAAAGUGCAAAAGUUUUGGAAAAAAUUCCUUUCCUUUGCAUUAUUUCUUAUUUACUUCAAAUUUCAUUACUAAAAUAUUUUGCCAUACUUAAAAAAAUAUUUAAAAAAUAUAAACAGCAGUGUCAAUCAUUGUUACAUACAGUAUUAGUUUUUAACAGUUAGUGCAAAUAUUUUCCCUUACUUUAUUUUAGCUUAAAUAACAUCAAAAUCUUGCACUGAACAACACUGUACUGAACAAAUGCAAUCCCUGAAUACAUUUGUACACUCUUCUAUUUCUUGCCAGAGACCUGGCAGCGCUUCUGCUCACAGCUGAGCCACAUUUGUCCAAGAUGACGUUUGAGCAUCGGUAACGUUUAUCGGUACACUGUAAAAAAUGAAUGUGAUUUUAACUGUAAAAAAAUUGUAAAUAGGUUAACAGUAAGUUCCCGUACUAUAUACAGGGAAAAACUGUAAAAGCUCUUACCAGACAUUUUAUGUCAUUUUCACAGUAAAAUGCUGUAAUUUUUUUUAAAAUUUUAGACGUAAAAAAAGAACAAAUCAAUGUAUAAUUUACAGUCAAAAACUGUAAACUGAUAUUCCCACAAUUCCCUCUGUGACACUCCACAUUUGAAAGUAUUUUGUUUCAAAAAAUCAUGUUUCUUAAUAGUUUUUGUUAUCAGUUAUGUACAUUAGGGUUUUAUGUUACAUCUUCUGUUGUUUAAUGAAUGUUUAUUGCAUUGUGUAAGUGUUGUGGGUUACCAUGAUGGUGUUUUCAUUUGCGUGAAUGACUCUUUGCACCUUCUUUGUAUUAGUAUAUACUUAAGCUCCUGGAAAAGCUAUUUGUGAUGAACUCUGAUUCUUCAUGUGGCUUUCUCUUUUACCGCCUGCAUUAUUAUGGUGGUUGUCAGUGUAUGUUAAAGGUACAGAACAGAUUUUAGUAGUAGUGUGCAUUGUUGAAUUUACUGGUUUACAUUCAAAUUUUCUUGUUUGUAAAUUACAGUUUGUUUUGUAAAUGUGUUUACAGUUUUUCUGUAAUUUUUACAAAAUUAUUCUGGCAACCACAGCUGCCAAAAUUAUUUUGUAAAAACUAAGGAAGAUUUUUUACACUGUAGCAUCGGACGCGCUUCGGUGGUUUAAAUCGACGCUCGCGAUUUGCGCGAGUGCUUUUACUGUAAUUUAGGCAAGCGAGCUCAUAAUAGAAGUGACGCGGUCGCGACGCGCAUGCGGUGCGGCGCGCUCGUUUUUCCAGGCGCGCCUAUGCCGCGGCUAGAUGAAAACAUCUCAACUUUUCAGAAUGAAAAUGGAAAAAAAUGAAAAUUCUGCUUAUGUCAUUUCGAACCUGUAUGACUUUCUUCUGUGGAACACAAAAUUAGAUUGUUUAAAAAUGUUUCAAUGUUUUUACAACGAAAAGAAAGUCAGUGGUAUCCAAAGAAAGUAAUGGAGCUGGGUAAAUAAUUAACAGAAUUUUAAUUUUUGUGCAUACUAUCCCUGUAAUGCAACCAAAGGAUUGAUACUUAAAAUUAGAUGUUCAUCUUUCAAUUGCUGCCACUUUCAGGCAACUCCUUCAAACUAUAGAUUAUUUCAAGCAUGAUUAUUCAACACCUACUUAUAAAUGCUUUAUAUACUGAAACAUUAAGCAUUUAUAAUGUGAUUCCUAUAUUGUCAUAUUGUCUCUUAAAGAGAUAAUCCACCCCAAAAUGAAAGAUUUGUCACCAAUUACUUACCUUGAUGUCAUUCCAAACUUUUAUGACUUUGAAAGUCAGUGGCGUUCAAACAACUCUGGACCCCAUUGACUUUUAUUGUAUGGACAGAAAACACUGAAACAUACUCAAAAUAUUUGUUUAUACUCCACAGAAGAAAGUCAUGUAGGUUUGUAACAACAUUAGGGUGUGAGUAAAUGUUUGCUCUUGUGUAGGUGGAACUCACCUAUAUUUAUAUGUGUCAAACAAACUCGUUAUUUCAUUCUCGGUAAAGAUGCUGUGGUGUUCAUUCUUGUUGUCAUACACUGUAAAAAAUAUUCUGUAGUUUUUACAAAAUAAUUUUGGCAGCUGUGGUUUCCAGAAUAAUUUUGUAAAAUAUACAGAAAAACUGUAAACACAUUUACAAAACAAACUGUAAAUUUUAAAGUAUAAAACUGUAAUUUACAAACAAGAAAAUUUG